AUGGCAAUAGAGAAGAAGAAAAUGAGGCAAAGAUUGAAAAUGUGCAGAAAACAGGUUUCAUCAAAGGACCGAUGUUCAAAGGUGUUGCUUCUAGUCGAUUUUUACCCAAAGGCACCAAGACAAAAGUUAAUUUGGAGGAACAGGGACGACAGAAGGUGUCUUUCAGCUUCAGCCUUACAAAGAAAACUUUGCAGAACAGGUUUCUGACUGCACUUGGCAACAAUGAAAAGCAAAAUGAUACUCCAAACUCCCCAGCUGGACCUCUUCAAGUAGACUUGACCCCUAAAAUUAAAAUGGACAUUGGAGAUACCUUAUCUACUACAGAAGAAUCUUCCCCACCAAAAUCAAGGGUAGAAUUGGGCAAAAUUCAUUUUAAGAAACAUCUGCUGCAUGUGACAUCCAGGCCGCUGCUAACGAAUGCCACAGCAGUGGCCUCUCCACCUCCUCCCAUAGUACCAUUACCAGCAGUCAUAGCAGAGUCAACAACUGUAGACUCGCCACCCUCAUCUCCCCCUCCACCACCUCCACCUCCCCAGGCCACAGCACCCUCACCACCAGCACCAGUAACAGAGCCAGUGGCCUUGCCACACACACCAGUCCCAGUUCUGAUGACAGCACCAGUAGAUGUAGCAGUUAGAGCACUGAAGGAACCACCAGUUACAACUGUACCAGAAUCUUCAGAAGUGGACACUAAGCAGGAUGCUGCUGUAUCUAAUAGUUCAGGAGAACACAUAACUCAAAAUUUGAAUGAGCAAGUAGAUAUUCCCUUACAGAAAGAAGAUUCCCAUAUUGGGAAGGAAGAAGAAAUUCCAGAUAGUUCUAAGAGUAAUCUGGGCUCCAAAAAAACAGUUUCUAAGAAGAAAUCCUCACAAUCUGAAGGCACCUUUCUUGCUUCAGAAUCUGAUGAAGAUUCUGUACGGACUUCCUCAAGUCAAAGAUCACAUGAUUUAAAAUUUUCAGCAAGCAUUGAAAAGGAAAGAGAUUCAAAAAAGAGCUUAGCACCUUUAAAAAGUGAGGAUUUAGGGAAAUCUUCACGAUCUAAAACAGAGAGAGAUGAUAAAUAUUUUAGCUACUCAAAACUUGAAAGAGAUACUCGGUAUAUAUCUUCUCGUUGUAGAUCAGAGAGAGAGCGAAGGCGGAGCAGAUCUCGUUCUAGAUCUGACAGAGGCUCUAGAACUAGUUUAUCCUAUUCCCGGUCGGAACGAUCCCAUUAUUACGACUCUGAUCGUCGCUACCAUCGGAGUUCCCCUUAUCGAGAGAGGACACGCUAUUCUCGGCCAUAUACAGAUAACAGAGCUCGAGAGAGUUCUGACUCAGAAGAGGAGUAUAAGAAGACCUACUCAAGGCGCACCUCCUCUCAUUCCUUCUCUUACAGAGACCUAAGGACAUCAUCAUCCUAUUCUAAAUCUGAUCGGGACUGCAAAACUGAGUCCUCUUACUUAGAGAUGGAGAAGAGAGGAAAGUAUUCUUCAAAACUAGAAAGAGAAUCCAAAAGGACUUCAGAAAAUGAAGCAAUGAAAAGAUGUUGUUCUCCCCCUAAUGAACUGGGAUUCCGACGGGGGUCAUCCUAUUCCAAGCAUGAUAACAGUGCUUCCCGUUAUAAAUCUGCCCUUUCAAAAUCUGUAUCCAAGUCUGAUAAAUUUAAAAAUUCUUUCUGUUGUACAGAAUUAAAUGAGGAAAUCAAACCGUCUCAUUCUUUUAAUUUACAGGCUCCUUGUUCAAAAGGUAGUGAAUUAAGAAUGAUUAGUAAAAUUCCUGAAAGAGAAAAGACUGGGUCUCCAUCUCCAUCAAAUCGAUUAAAUGAUUCACCUACUUUUAAAAAGCUAGAUGAAUCACUUAUUUUUAAAUCUGAAUUUAUAGGACAUGAUAGCCAUGAUAGUAUUAAGGAAUUAGACUCUUUAUCUAAAGUGAAGAAUGAUCAAUUAAGAAGUUAUUGUCCCAUAGAAUUAAAUAUAAAUGGAUCUCCUGGGGCAGAAUCUGAUUUGGCAACAUUUUGCACUUCUAAAACUGACACUCUUUUGAUGUCUUCUGAUGAUAGUGUGACUGGAUCGGAGGUAUCCCCUUUGGUCAAAGCAUGGAAGCUUCCAUCAAAUGGAUUUCAGAAUAUUAAUAGAUGUAAAGAGAAAGACUCGGAUGAUACUUGCAUGCUGCAUAGUAAGUCAGGAAGCCCAUUUAGAGAAGCAGAACCUCCGGUGUCACCACACCAAGAUAAACUCAUGUCUUUGCCAGUUAUGACUAUAGAUUAUUCUAAAACUGUAAUUAAAGAACCAGUUGAUAUGACAGUUUCUUGCUAUAAAACCAAAGAUUCAGAUAUACACUGUACUUCAAAUGACAACAACCCUUCUUUGCAUCAUUCUGAAGCUGAAAAGAUUGAGCCUUCAGUUACGAAGAUUUCUUCAAAUAGCUUUAUGAAUGUGCAUUUGAAAUCAAAAACAGUUAUAUGUGAUAAUAGAAAUCUGACAGAUCAGCACUCAAAAUUUGCAUCUGAGGAGUAUAAGAGUGUUGGUAGCACUAGCUCAGCUUCUGUUAAUCAUCUUGAUGAUUUAUAUCAACCUAUAGAGAGUUCAGGCAUUGCUUCCUCUCUUCCAAGUCUUCCACCAGGAAUAAAAGUGGACAGUUUAACUCUCUUGCAAUGUGGAGAGAACACAUCUCCAGUUUUGGAUGCUGUGCUGAAGAGUAAAAGCACCGAGUUUUUAAAGCAUGCAGAGAAAGAAACAAUAGUAGAAGUAGGUAGCGGCCUGCCUGAUUCAGGAAGGGGAUUUGCUUCUUGGGAAAAUAGGCAUAAUAAUGGGUUAUCUGGGAAAUGUGUGCAAGAGGCUCAAGAAGAAGGGAAUUCCAUAUUGCCUGAUAGAAGAGUAAGAGCAGAAAUCUCUUUAGAUGAAGAAAGAGGAAGAGGACAUGCGCAUACUUCUGAUGAUUCAGAAGUUGUAUUUUCUUCUUGUGACUUGAAUUUAACCAUGGAAGACAGUGAUGGUGUAACAUAUACCUUAAAAUGUGACAGUAGUGGGCAUGCCUCAGAGAUUGUAUCUACUGUCCAUGAAGAUUAUUCUGGUUCUUCUGAAAGUUCAAGUGAUGAAAGUGACUCUGAAGAUACAGAUUCUGAUGAUAGCAGUAUUCCAAGAAACCGUCUUCAGUCUGUUGUGGUAGUGCCAAAGAAUUCUACUUUGCCCAUGGAAGAAACGAGUCCUUGUUCUUCUCGGAGCAGUCACAGUUACAGACACUAUUCUGACCACUGGGAAGAUGAGAGAUUGGAGUCAAGGAGACAUUCAUAUGAGGAAAAAUUUGAGAGUGUAGCAAGCAAACCCUGUUCUCAAACCGAGAAGUUCUUCCAUCAUAAAGGGACAGAAAAGAAUCUGGAAAUUUCUUUCACACAGCCCAGCAGAAAACAAAUAGAUAACCACCUGUCUGAAAUUGCUCAUCCUCAGAGUGAUGGGGUUGAUAGUACAAGUCAUACAGAUGUGAAAUCUGACUUUCUAGGUCAUCCAAAUUCUGAGGAAACCACAAAAGCCAAAAUAGCUUCUAGGCAGCAAGAAGAGCUGCCAGUUUAUUCUUCUGAUGAUUUUGAAGAUGUCCCAAAUAAGUCUCGGCAACAGAUCACUUUCCCUAACAGGCCAGAUAGUAGAUUGGGAAAAACAGAGUUGAGUUUUUCUUCCUCUUGUGAGAUCUCCCGAGUGGAUGGUUUCUGCUCAUCAGAAGAGCUCCGAAACCUAGGGUGGGAAUUCUCUCAACAAGAAAAGCCUACUACCACAUAUCAACAGCCUGACAGCAGCUAUGGAGCCUGUGGUGGACACAAGUAUCAGCAAAGUGCAGAACAUUAUGGUGGGACACGUAAUUACUGGCAAGGCAACGGCUACUGGGAUCCAAGAUCAGCAGGUAGACCUCCUGGAACUGGGGUUGUGUAUGAUCGAAUUCAAGGGCAGGUACCAGAUUCCUUAACAGAUGACCGUGAGGAGGAGGAGAAUUGGGAUCAACGUGGAGGAUCUCAUUUUUCAAGCCAGUCCAGUAAGUUUUUUCUAUCCCUCCAGAAGGACAAGGGGUCAGUGCAAGCACCUGAAAUAAGCAGCAAUUCCAUUAAGGACUCUUUAGCUGUGAACGAAAAGAAAGAUCUUUCAAAAAACUUAGAAAAAAAUGAUAUGAAAGAUAGAGGGCCUCCUAAAAAAAGGAGACAGGAAUUGGAGAGUGAUUCUGAAAGUGAUGGUGAACUUCAGGACAGAAAGAAAGUUCGAGUGGCGGUAGAGCCGCGGGAAACAGCAAUGCCCCCAGGCUCAGCACUGGUUGGGCCUUCUUGUGUCAUGGAGGACUUCAGGGACCCACAGCGAUGGAAAGAAUAUGCCAAGCAAGGGAAGAUGCCCUGUUACUUUGAUCUGAUUGAAGAAAAUGUUUAUUUAACAGAAAGAAAGAAGAAUAAAUCCCAUCGAGAUAUUAAGCGAAUGCAGUGUGAGUGUACACCUCUUUCUAAAGAUGAAAGAGCUCAAGGUGAAAUAGCAUGUGGGGAAGAUUGUCUUAAUCGUCUCCUCAUGAUUGAAUGUUCUUCUCGGUGUCCAAAUGGGGAUUAUUGUUCCAAUAGACGGUUUCAGAGAAAACAGCACGCAGAUGUGGAAGUCAUACUCACAGAAAAGAAAGGCUGGGGCUUGAGAGCUGCCAAAGACCUUCCUUCGAUAAUAGAUGCCACUCAGAAAGGAAACUGCUCUCGUUUCAUGAAUCACAGCUGUGAGCCAAACUGUGAAACUCAAAAAUGGACUGUGAACGGACAACUGAGGGUCGGGUUUUUUACCACCAAACUGGUUCCUUCAGGCUCAGAGUUAACAUUUGACUAUCAGUUCCAAAGAUAUGGAAAAGAAGCUCAGAAAUGUUUCUGUGGGUCAGCUAAUUGCCGAGGUUACCUGGGAGGAGAGAACAGAGUCAGUAUCAGAGCAGCAGGAGGAAAAAUGAAGAAGGAGCGAUCCCGUAAGAAGGAUUCAGUGGAUGGAGAGCUAGAAGCUCUGAUGGAGAAUGGUGAGGGUCUCUCUGAUAAAAACCAGGUGCUUAGCUUAUCCCGGCUAAUGGUUAGAAUUGAAACUUUGGAGCAGAAACUCACCUGUCUUGAGCUUAUACAGAACACACAUUCACAGUCUUGCCUGAAGUCUUUUCUGGAACGUCACGGGCUGUCUUUGUUAUGGAUCUGGAUGGCAGAACUAGGUGAUGGCCGGGAAAGUAACCAGAAGCUUCAGGAAGAGAUUAUAAAGACUUUGGAACACUUACCCAUUCCUACUAAAAAUAUGUUGGAGGAAAGCAAAGUACUUCCAAUUAUUCAACGCUGGUCUCAGACCAAAACUGCCAUUCCUCAGUUGAGUGAAGGAGAUGGGUAUUCAAGUGAGAAUACGUCACGGGCUCACACACCACUCAACACACCUGAUCCUUCUGCCAAGCUGAGCACAGAAGCUGACACAGACACCCCCAAGAAGCUCAUGUUUCGCAGACUUAAAAUUAUAAGUGAAAAUAGCAUGGACAGUGCUAUCUCUGAUGCUACCAGUGAGCUGGAAGGCAAGGAUGGCAAAGAGGACCUUGACCAGUUAGAAAACGUCCCUGUAGAAGAAGAGGAAGAGUUACAGUCACAACAGCUACUCACACAACAGCUACCUGAAUCUAAAGUUGAGAGUGAAAUCGCUGUGGAAGCCAGUAAGCUACCUACAUCUGAACCAGAGGCUGACACUGAAAUAGAGCCCAAAGAGGGCAAUGGCACAAAACUGGAAGAAACCAUUGCUGAGGAAACCCCGUCCCAAGAUGAAGAGGAGGGUGUAUCUGAUGUGGAGAGUGAGAGGAGCCAGGAACAGCCAGAUAAAACAGUAGAUAUAAGUGAUUUGGCCACCAAGCUCCUGGAUAGUUGGAAAGACCUAAAGGAGGUAUAUCGAAUUCCAAAGAAAAGUCAAACUGAAAAGGAGAACACAAUAACUGAACGAGGAAGGGAUGCUGUUGGCUUCAGAGAUCAAACAGCUGCCCCAAAGACUCCUAACAGGUCAAGAGAGAGAGACCCAGACAAGCAAACUCAAAAUAAAGAGAAAAGGAAACGAAGGGGCUCUCUCUCACCACCUUCUUCUGCCUAUGAGCGGGGAACAAAAAGGCCAGAUGACAGAUAUGAUACACCAACUUCUAAAAAGAAAGUACGAAUUAAAGACCGCAAUAAACUUUCUACAGAGGAGCGUCGGAAGUUGUUUGAGCAAGAGGUGGCUCAGCGGGAGGCUCAGAAACAACAGCAGCAGAUGCAGACCCUGGGAAUGACGUCUCCACUGCCCUAUGACUCUCUUGGUUACAAUGCCCCUCAUCACCCCUUCACCGGCUACCCACCAGGUUAUCCCAUGCAGGCCUAUGUGGAUCCCAGCAACCCUAAUGCUGGAAAGGUGCUCCUUCCCACACCCAGCAUGGACCCCGUGUGUUCUCCUGCUCCUUAUGAUCAUUCUCAGCCCUUGGUGGGACAUUCUACAGAACCCCUUGCUGCCCCUCCACCCGUGCCAGUGGUGCCCCAUGUGGCAGCCCCUGUGGAAGUUUCCAGUUCACAGUAUGUGGCCCAAAGUGAUGGUGUGGUACACCAAGACUCCAGCGUCACCGUCUUGCCAGUGCCAGCCCCAGGCCCAGUCCAAGGACAGAAUUACGGUGUUUGGGAUUCAAAUCAGCAGUCAGUCAGUGUCCAGCAGCAGUAUUCUCCUGCACAGUCUCAAGCAACCAUAUAUUAUCAGGGACAGACUUGUCCAACUGUCUAUGGUGUGACAUCACCCUAUUCACAGACAACUCCACCAAUUGUACAGGUAACUAAUUUUGGAACCGCUCUUGUGUGUCUUGGUCUGUUUAUGGGAUCAUGGCUGUUCUUACCUUCUAGGCAGACUCAGUGGGAUCCGCCUACUUGGGAAAGCCCAGGAGAUGAUGCCAGCCUUGAGCAUGAAGCGGAGAUGGACCUGGGAACCCCAACAUAUGAUGAAAACCCCAUGAAGACCUCAAAAAAGCCUAAGACAGCAGAAGCAGACACCUCCAGUGAGCUGGCUAAGAAGAGCAAAGAAGUAUUCAGAAAAGAGAUGUCCCAGUUCAUUGUCCAGUGCCUGAACCCUUACCGGAAACCUGACUGCAAAGUGGGAAGAAUCACCACAACUGAAGACUUCAAACACCUAGCUCGCAAGCUGACUCACGGCGUGAUGAAUAAGGAGCUGAAGUACUGUAAGAACCCUGAGGACCUGGAGUGCAAUGAGAAUGUGAAACACAAAACCAAGGAGUACAUUAAGAAGUACAUGCAGAAGUUUGGGGCCGUUUACAAACCCAAAGAGGACACUGAAUUAGAGUGACUGGUGGGGCCAGGGUGGGAGGACAGGUGAGCAGGUGGGACAGACUUGGGAGAAGAACCCCUGCGGGCCCGCCGGGCCCCCCCUCCUUCUGUCGGGGCUGUGCUACUGGUGACACGUCGCCCUGGGGAAUGGGGACUUCAGACCUCUAGAUUUCAGCUGAAAGCCACGAAAAUGAGCUCCAUCUGCAAGCGAUCCCUGGUCCUGAGCUGUUGGGGUGUGGUUGGAGGCCCAUCAGAGGCAAGGGCUUAGGGAAGGACCCCGCUAAGAUCCUGGCCAGGCCUAGCCCCACUCCCAAACCUGGGUCUCCUCCUUGGCGGUGCUGUCAGCGCACAGACCCAUGCGCAUCCCCACCCAUGACCCCUCACCCUGACGAUCUGUAUUAUAUUUUAAUGUAUAUGUGAAUAUAUUGAAAAUAAUUUUGUUUUUUCCUGGUUUUGUUUGUUUUUCGUUUUGCUUUUAGCCUCUACGUGCUAGAUCACAGGAAGACUUUGUAAGGAUGGUUUUAAGUUCUCCUGCAAGGUUUAGUUUGUUAUCAUGUAAAUAUUCCAAAGCAGGCUGCCUUGUGGUUUCGGCCAGCCUUGUGCUAUGUUGAUAAGAUUGAUUUACUGCUUAAAAUCACUUUACUUUAUCCAAUUUUUACUGAACUUUUUAUGUAAAAAAUAAAAUCAAUUAAAGAACUUA